AUGUUCAUGGACGAGGCGACAAUCAAUGGUGGAGGUACAGAGAGGAAUCCGCGAAAUGGUUUGGUGGAUAUUGGAAAACUGACUAAUUGGAGUGGAGGAGGUGGUGCUAUGGCUAAUUCCGCUAAUGCAAGUUCCAGCAACAAGAACGUACAAACAUACAAGCGUAGAAAACUUGGAAUAUCGAUUUCUGGGAAUCAUUGUUCGGAAAAUGAGAGAGUUUCCAUGGAAGGUGCUAGCCACUCAGGAAGCCGGGACUCUGUCGCUUGUGAAUCACAGAAUCUAAGGUUCAGCGUAGGAACUCAUCUGACUGGUGAACUCCCUGAGAUUUCCAAUCCAAAUAAACCAUCAAUCGAACCCAAGCUGGAGAAUGCAACAGCGGGUUGCCAGAAUGUUCUGUCUCAUGUUUUAGCUUCAAAGGAGUUUGCAUCCCUAAGCAAGCUGCUCUCCGAAAAUCUUCAAGGGGUCAAGAUUGACGACCUUACGAGUAGAACUCUGAUAGACACCAGGAUGAAAGAGGGUGUUUAUGAAGCUUCACCUGCGCUCUUUACAACGGAUCUCCAAGAGGUCUGGCAAAAAAUACAAGAUGUUGGUAAUGAUAUGGCUGUUCUUGCUAAUAGCCUCCUAGAGGUUUCAAGGGCCUCCUGUAGCGAGCAGUUGAAGCAGUUCUACUCAAAGCCUAAUGUAGAGAUGAGCAGCAAUGACAGUGCUUAUGACAUGUGCAAGAUAUGUGGAGAGAAGGCAGCGGUGAGAGAAUGUUUAGCUUGUGACCAUUGCGAAGAUAUGUACCAUGUCCAAUGUGCACAUCCUGGAGGUGGGAAAGGGAUGUUGACUGGCAGUUGGUAUUGCGUGACCUGCAAAUCUAACGGAAUCGGAACGCCUCACGAAGAUUGUGUAGUCUGUGAAAGAAUGAAACCCGAAACACUGAUGAAGACAGAUAACGGAUGUGUUGGUGUGAGCACAGAACGUAAAGAAGGUUCGAACGAAUCUGGAGAGAACUCAUCAAGCUGUAACAUGGAUCAUGGAGUGCACAACGUAGAGACGACGAUUGGAGAUUCUGAAAUCUGUAGAACCUGUGGAACAAAGGCGAAUGAUGGCGGAGGGAAGUUCAUAACAUGUGACCAUCCUUUUUGCCCACACAGGUAUUACCACAUCAGGUGCUUGACUUCAAGACAGAUCAAACUACACGGUGCUCGUUGGUAUUGCUCGUCGUGCCUGUGCAGAAGCUGUCUCACUGAUAAAGACGAUGAUAAGAUCGUCUUGUGUGAUGGGUGCGAUGAUGCGUAUCACAUCUACUGCAUGAAGCCUCCGUGUGCGACGGUUCCAGAGGGACAAUGGUUUUGCAAGACGUGUAAAGCUGCGGUUAAUAAAGUCAAGAAAGCGAGAAAGGCUUUUGAGAAGAAGAUGGAGACGAAGUUGAAGAAACAAGGAAGAAGAACAAAGCGAAAGAAAGGCAAUGGGGAGUUAGAUAAACUACUCGUUGGAGGAAUGGAUAUGCUUCUAAACGCAGCUGAUACACUGAAAGAUGAAGAACAGAUGACGUUCCUAUCCGUCAAAGACAAUACAGCUUCUUGUCACAGAUGA